AUGUAUGAGGGCAUUCGAGGGGAGUUACGGCAAUGGGCGGUUGCGGCUGAUAAGAAAUUGGCAGAGCAUUUGGAUAAGUGUCGAAGGGAAGUGGCUGCUUCUCGUGAGGAGUGUCGUAAAGAAACGCACGAGGUCCUCGAGCAGGCCUCUAAGGGGGAUCGGAAGGCUCUGAUUGACCUGAAAGCGAUGGUUGAGGAUCUUCGUAGUGAGGUGGAGGAAGUAUCUUCGGAGAUGAGGAAGGACACUCACACGCUUGAGAGCGUCGACUCACGCAUCGUGCAGAGCACACGCGAGGUGGAGGAUAGAAUGCUGUCGAAGAUGAGUGAGAGAGAGAACGAGAUGAAGGUAACUAUAGAGGAGUUGGAAGAGCGGUUCGAGGGGCGCCUCAAUGGAGGGCAGUUGGAAGUCCGCAUGGAUGCAUUAUCGAGUGAGUUGGCGGACCUACGUGCCACCACUAAGGACUCUCUACAGUGCUUGGAUGCUGAAGUUAAGUUGGGAAUUGGAAGGCAGCCUUCAGAGGUGCAGACGGAGGCCUCCGAGGAGAUGGAGAGCACCAAUGCUGAGAUGUUGGCCACUUACAAGGAUGAGGUUUAUGUAGAAGAACACGAUUCUCGAAUAAGCACACUAUCUGCUACCAUUCAGGAGAUUUAUGCUAUGCUUCGCGAGUUCGUCGAAAGUGGUAUACCGGUGGUUGAAGGUAGUUAUGAGUUUGGUGGUAUCCGAGGUUCGUUCUUGAAAGAUUCAGAAAAGGCCCAUUCGAAUCCGGAUUAUGAUGAUAAGAAACAUAUGGUUGGGAAUAAAUCUGACUUGAUCAAUCGUAAUGCAUUAGCUCAUUCGGGGGUACUGGUGGCUCCAUCAGGCUUGGAAGGUCUUUUUAAAAGAGUGGAAAAGUUGGAGGGAUCGAGGGAUGCAUCACAGGGUUCAUAUAAGAUGGGAGAUGAUGAGGAGGUUAUGGUAGACGAGGAGGAGGAGGAGGAGAAAAUCGGAAUUAGAAUUCUCUUGAGGGAGUCCAGGAGUUGGGACGACAACCUUUUGGCAAGUACAGCUGAGGAUAUACGCCAUACGUUGAAGGUUCAUGAAGAUCGUCUAACCCUGGUGGAGGGCCGUAUUGCUGAUGCCAUGCAGGACCUUACUAAGGAGCAAGCUGAGCAUUUCAUCAAUCGGGGGACUUUGAAGAGCUCUCAGGCCUCACAAGUCCAGUCAUGUCCAGUCGGCAACAUGCAUCAUGAUGGUAGGCAUGCUCAUGCUAACCUAGUAGAUGAUAAACACGAGCAUGUUCUCUGA